AUGACGUCGGGUACAACUGAGAAUGAUAAUACAAAUAGGAAUCCAACUACUUUUUUAAAUGAUUCAACACAUUCUACAGAUUUAUCUUCAACAACUUCUUCCCAAGAUUUUGUUCUUAUCAAUUCACCGAGAAAUGCUAAUGAUUCUUACGCUACCGAUCAAUCUAAUAAUAUUAGCAUUCAAAGACAUUCUUUUGAAGAUGAUGAUGCUGAAGAUCUAAUUUUUCCAAUUUUACAUUCCUCCAAAAAUGAAGGAGAUGAUUCUGAAGCUUCUUCAGAUUCUUUUGAUGCUAUUGAUGAUUCUCGUCGAUUAAGGGAUGAUGACGAUGCUCCCGCUCAACGUUAUUCAAAACUUAGGAAUUACAAACAUUGUAGAUUCAAUUUCCCUCUAACGUUUCGUAUUAUGUAUAUCGGUUCGGAUCCUUCUAACGGAUAUAGAAAGAAAAUUUUUUCUAAAUUUUGUGAUAGUUUAUCUCAAAUCUUUUGGGAAGAAGCGGAAAAUACUAAUACAACUGGUGAUAUUAAACUUGAACAAAGAUUUGUCGUUUCUCCUGUUCGUAAUAAACCUCUCCAAGUUGAAUAUUAUAGAGAUUCUGCUGUUGCUCUUUGUGAGGCCGAUUUCACAAAUGGUCCUUAUGAAAGAGCUUUCGAUUAUUUAAGAAAACAAUUCGAAAUUACUGAUAAUGACUCUAAUUUGGUCGAUUUAUGUGUUGUUUUCUUACCUUUUGAUGUGAAAAAGUUCCGUCAUGAUCUUUUACCUACUAUGAAAAAAUUACAGGAAAGAGUUACUUUAUUUCCUGUCAUCUCUUCAAGUGGCCAAAAAUAUUCUAGAAUUGAACAACGUGAACAAAAAAGACGUGAAAUCGUAAAUAAAUUAGAAGAUUAUGGUAUUGAUAUCUUUAUGUGGAAAUCUGAUCAAAUUCUUGAAGAUUCUGGUACUAUGGGUGAUUCUAAUUCUCGCCAUGAAACUGUUUAUACAAAAAAAAUUUUUACAGUGGAUGAAUUUAUCAAAUUUGAUAGUGGUUAUGUUUAUGAUGACCUUCAACUAUUUCGUGCUAGUGCUAUAGAACUCAGAAAUGAACGUUUACGUUAUGAACGUGCAAAGAAGCGUACUCAACAAUGCGAUAGAAUUGCCGGUAUAUUAAGAGAUUUCAUUGUCAUGUGCAUGGUUCUCUAUACUGUCUACUUGUUCGUUUCUAGUGUUUGGCAUUACGCUGAAUGGUCGGUUAUUCCAUCAGAAUUUGCUCAAUCGCUUCAGGCUAUAUCGCGCGCUUCUUUAAAAACUCCUAAUGGCCCUCAUUGGAUUGACAUAGGAAAUAGUGAUAUUGAUACUCAAAUAGAAGUUUUACAAGAAUCUUCGAAUCAUUAUAUUUUUGAUAAAAAGGAUAAAAUCGGCGAGAAGUCAAAGGACACUACUAUUAGCAAAAAGUCUGAUAACAUAAGUUUUUUGGAUACAUUUAAUAAUGCUGCAUUGGACAUAAGCUUUAAAAUCAAUAACGCUUUAGAAAUUGCUCUCGUUUGGUCUUAUGCAACAGCUGUAUAUGUUGAAGAUAAAGCUAUUGUUGUGUUACGUUAUGUUGGUGAACAGGCAGCGAUAGCAGCCAUUGUUGUAUGGGAAUCAUUAAAAUAUUGGGUUCCUCUCGCCUGGGAAAAAUUCAUAAACCUGACCUCUUACUAUAUUGCUUCUUGA